GAAAACAAAGAAAGAAAGAAAUUUCCCAUCCCCCAGCUUUAAAUCAGAAUUUAUCUUUUACAGCUUAAAUUUCUGAAAAUCCUCGAUCCCGUUAUUGCUUUCUGACGCCGCACGAAGGAAGCUUCUGCCGUUUCCAAAAUCCUCCGCUCAGAUGAGCUGGCUGCGCCGGCAGUGAGGUGCACAAGGGGAUAUAAUGGCGGUGUAUAAGCAGAAUGUGGAAUUGCCGCCGGAGAGGAGGAGCACUUUCUCCGCCGGGUUUAAUUCCCCUGGCCGGACCGAGCAGCAGCAAGGGUUCCGACGAAGAGGGAGGAGGAUCGGCCGGUUUCUUAGACCUAUUUAUUGGGUCUGGAUUGUGCUGCUCGCUGCGCUCUGCUUGGUGUUCACCGGUCUCUUCUGCCUCAGAUUCCUCUUUCCUGUACCAGGUAAUUUCGAUAUGCAAGAUGCACGCAAGGUAACGAUGGAUAUGGAGAUUUCCUUCGUCCAUGAAGAAAUUGGUGGGAACUCCUCUUCAUUCCCUUCUUCGAAUUCUUCCAACGAAAUCGAGCGUCGAAACUUCUCCCAAGCCGGUUUUGUUGGGAAACCUCCGGGGGGAAAGCACCGGAAGCUACAUCUUCCUUGUCCAGUUAAAUUUGCAGAGUCGGUGGAUUAUUUCAUGGAACCAAAUUUAGUGAGGAAUUUUACGCAAUUUUCAUUAGCAUAUGUGAAUAGUGAGGAGAAACCUCCGGAGAUGAAUUCCAGUAGGUCUGGAUUUGGAGGACAUCAGACCAUGGAGCAAAGGGCGAAUUCCUUUUAUGCUAGAAAUCAAACCCUUCAUUGUGGAUUUGUCAAAGGACCUCCUGGAUCUCCGAGCACCGGGUUUGAUUUGGAUGAGAAGGACAAAGAGUACAUGAGCAAAUGUAUAGUUGCUGUAUCCUCCUGCAUUUUUGGCAGCUCUGAUUUCCUGAGAAGGCCUUAUUACAAAAAUAUGAGUGGGUUUGCGAAGGAAAAUGUUUGUUUUGUCAUGUUUGUGGAUGACCAAACACUUGAGAAACUGUCUUCUGAGGGACAUAAACCCGAUGAUCGAGGAUACGUUGGUCUGUGGAAAGUAGUAGUUGUGAAAAACUUGCCAUAUUCAGACAUGAGAAGAACUGGGAAGGUGCCAAAAUUCUUGUCGCAUCGCCUCUUCCCUUCUUCUCGGUAACGCUACUCAAUUUGGGUUGAUAGUAAGUUGCGACUUAUUGUUGAUCCAAUGCGUAUCAUUGAGCACUUCUUGUGGAGAAACAAAUCAGAGUUCGCCAUUUCAAAACACUAUGAUCGUCAGUGUGUCUGGGAAGAGGUACUCCAGAACAAGCGCCUAAACAAAUACAACCAUCGGGAAAUAGAUAGGCAGUUCUACUUUUACCGAUCCGAUGGCCUCACCAUGUUUGACCCCUCAGAACCAAAUACUCCUCUCCCAAGUUAUGUGCCUGAAGGUUCAUUUAUUAUCAGGGCUCACACGCCAAUGUCAAAUUUGUUUUCAUGCCUGUGGUACAAUGAGGUUGAAAGAUUCACUUCACGUGAUCAACUCAGCUUUGCAUACACUUACUUGAAACUCAGGAGAUCCAAUCCGGAUAAGCCAUUUUAUCUCAACAUGUUUAAGGAUUGUGAAAGGAGAACCCUAGCAAAGUUAUUCAAGCAUAGGGUACUGCGACCGCCACCUACAACUGGCCCUUGAUGCACAUUAGUUCAUCCUGCUGCUUGGGUAGCAGCAAUGGCAUCAAAUUUACAAGCCUUGGAAACGGAGUUAGGAAGCUAGGGUUAGAAUCAUUUUGCAGCCAGGAUAGCUUCCCAGAGGGUAUAUAGAGAGAGCAAUAAUGCUUAGUUAUCUCCACUUCAACAUCUGGUGUCUCGUAGCAUUUUGCCUAUUCUUCCGUCGUGUUUCAACAAAUCUGUGGGAUGUGAUGAUCCUUGCAAGCUGGAGAUCGCGAACUUGCCAUCAGAUUAUCCCUUGAAGCACUCCAUUUUCAGAAUGGAGGAAUACUUGCCAAAAUUUGUUGAGAAGAGCUUUGAGGAAUGCUGCAAAAGGGGGCUGGUUGGUUAUACAUCUCCUCUGCCAGCCUCCAUUAUACCAGGUAAACUCUGGCCAAGUUAUCCUCAAGAGAGGAGAGGACGAUAGAAGGAUGGCACUGUAGUUGAAAGAAGGAAGGGAUUGCAUUAUUCCAUCAUCCCAAAGAAUAUUGUAGGGGUGGAAUCUGGAUUGUUGUAAGUUGUAAGAGACGUGUGAAAAAUGACAAAAUGCGGUUUCGCUCCUGUACAAAUACAAUCCAGCCCAUAUGGGAAAUAACACCAAAAAAGAUUCUUUAUCCUGAGUCCUGAC